AUGCAUAGAAGGAAUAACACAAUCGUGCCUGACUUCAUCCUUUUGGGAUUUUCAGAUGCUGAAGACAUGCAGGUGGUGCUCUUUAUGCUCUUUCUCCUGAUAUACCUGGUCACUGUGCUGGGGAAUGCAGGGAUGAUGCUGCUCAUCCGCCUGGAUGCCCAACUUCACACCCCCAUGUAUUUUUUCCUCAGUCACCUGUCUUUCAUUGACUUCAGUUACUCAUCCAUCAUCACACCUAAAACCUUAAAGAACUUACUGACUUCCAACAAAAAGAUUUCCUUUGCAGGUUGUUUCAUCCAAAUGCACAUUUUUGUCCUGCUGGUUGCUGCUGAAUGUGUUCUUCUCUCCUCCAUGGCCUAUGACCGCUAUGUAGCCAUCUGCAAUCCUCUCCACUACCCAGUUGUCAUGUCCCCAAGACGCUGCUGGUCCCUUGUGUUUGGGCCCUAUUUGGUAGGUGUCACAGACUGUUUUGUCACUGUGAUUGGCAUGAGGAAGCUGACCUUCUGUGACUCUAAUGAAAUCCAUCAUUUUUUCUGUGACACAUCCCCUCUUAUAGCCUUGUCUUGCACUGAAACCCAGGACACUGAAAUUAUGAUAUUCUUUUUUGCUGGCUGCACCAUGCUGGGGUCUAUUAUCACAAUAUCAUUUUCCUAUGUGUCCAUUCUCUCAGCUAUCUUGAAAAUUAAAUCCACUUCAGGAAAGAGAAAAGCCUUCUCCACCUGUGGCUCGCAUGUGGUGGCAGUCACCAUCUUUUAUAGCACGAUGAUCUUCAGUUACUUAAGACCAAGUAAAUCCUACUCCUUGGGGAAGGAUCAGGUGGCUUCUGUGUUUUACACUAUUGUGACCCCCAUGCUGAAUCCCCUCAUUUAUAGUCUUCGCAACAAAGAAGUGAAAAAUGCUGUCCUUAGACUCCUGCAGAAGAGGGAAGUUUCCAGGCACUUGAAAUAG